AUGAGCUCCCAGCCGCUCCCGCGUGCUGUGCUGCGCAAGGCUGCCCCUGCGGCAGGUGUCGUGGGCAGCAGCAGCGGCGCCCAGGCUGGGGAGGAGGGAGGGUUUGCGGGACGGGAGGGCAUCCAGGAUGGUGAACCGUACUGCCUGCUGGAUAGCACCACCUGGCAGAUGUGCCCUCAGGCUGUGGCCGGGCCGCUGACAGCCGCGAGCCACGACUUUUGCGUGACGGGAGUGCUGGGGGCACAGGGCCUGUGCAAGUCUGCCUUCCUGAACCGCCUGCUGGGCACGGCUGGGAGGCAGGCGCAGCAGCAGCGGUGGCAGCACUGCACGCGCGGCAUCACGCUGCGCGUCAGCGCCGACCGCCAGGUGGCGCUCGAUACCCAACCGCUGUUCUCUGCCUCUGUUCUGGCAGACAUGGUGGCGCGGUGGGAGCAGCAGCCACCGGCGGCGCUUGCGGCGCCGGCGGUGGCGGCCGCGGGCGAGGGCAAGGCGGCGGCGGUUCCUUACGAGGGCGUGCAGGCGCUGGCGCAGCUGCAGCUCGCCGUGCUGCUCCUCUCCACCUGCCACCGUGUGCUGGUGUUUUGCGAGGGGGUGGGCGAUGGUGCACGUUGCACCUGGGACUUCAUGUUGACCGCUGAGAUGCUGGCUCGCGGCAUCCCUGACCCCAGCCUGCCGCCCCGCGACCCGCAGCAGCCAGCAACGGUGGCGGCAGGGGCAGCGGCGGCAGCGGGGGCGCAGCCGGCGCGGCAGGCACCCCCGCAGGAGCACCUGGCAGAGGUGGUGCUGGUGCAUGUGGUGGCGGCAGGCAGCGGGGAGCCCAGCGCGGCCCAGCUGCAGCUGCUGGACCGCCAGCUGGACGCCUUUUUCGCCUCCUCACGCCUGCGCCGCCCAGGUCCGCUGCGUAUGCUGGAACAAAGCGGCGCCAGCAACGGCAGCGGCCAUAGCACAAGCGGCGGCAGCGGCCCAGGCGAGGGCAUGAGCUACUGGGUGCUGCCAGCACUGCCAGGCGGCAGCUCCGGCAGCGCAGCCGACCCAGCAGCCUGGGCCACGCUGGUGGCGCAGCUGCUGGGCCGGCCAUGCCCGCCCCUUGCGCGGCGGUGCUCGGGGCAGCAGUGGCUGCGGGGCGUGGCGGGCGACUGCUGGCGGGCGGUGCGGAAGAGCACCGACAUCGCCACCUUCUACUCCCGCCUGGCCCGUACGCAGCUCAAGGGCGCCGCCGGGUGGGGGCUGGCGCGGCCGUGA